GUUUCAAGGCGACAAAAUAAACAAACUUGUGAAAAGUUGUCGGGAGAUUAGACCGCGUGAUAAAAGUAUGGGAUUAUAAAAACUCUGUGUUUUGUGUCGAGGAGCUGCGCGGUGUGAGUGAGGUUAGAGUGCAGUCUGUGCUCCCACUGCGCGACAGGCUGCCAUGAGUGACACCAGAGGAAACGAGGAGGAAAAUGAAGUUACACUUUUACUCACAAACGGCAUGGGCAGCCAGAGCAGAGAAGCCUCCUUCGCUUUUUCUGUUUUUAACCUGAUGAAUGCCAUCAUGGGCAGUGGCAUUCUGGGCCUAGCUUAUGCAAUGGCCAACACAGGCAUUGUUGGAUUUUGUUUACUUCUGAUGUUAGUGUCUUCUCUGGCAGCCUACUCAGUCCACCUCCUCCUAAAGCUUUGUGACCAAACAGGUAUCAAUUCAUACGAAAGUCUUGGGGAGCGGGCAUUACAAAAACCUGGAAAGGUCUUGGUUGGAUGUGCUAUUUUGAUUCAAAACAUUGGUGCCAUGUCAUCUUAUUUGUUCAUCCUGAAGUCAGAGCUUCCUGCUGCCAUUAAUAAUUUCCUAAAUGCAAACGGUGCAGGAACUACCUGGUAUGAAGAUGGGCGGCUUCUGCUAAUACUGAUUACGCUUUGUUUUGUUUUACCUUUGGCAAUAUUGCCAAGAGUUGGGUUUCUGGGUUAUACCAGUGGUUUGGCGUUUCUCUUCAUGCUGUACUUCACAGUUGUGGUUGUGAUGAAGAAGUGGACCAUCCCUUGUCCUCUGCCCAACAUCACAGUCUCAUUUGGAUCCUUCCAGGUAUCGAAUUCAUCAGGCUCAGAGUGUACAGCCAAACUCUUUGUCCUGUCGAGUAAGAGUGCAUAUGCCAUCCCCACAAUGGCCUUUUCCUUCCUGUGUCACACUGCUGUCCUGCCCAUCUACUGUGAGCUAGACCGACCGACUAAGAAGAGGAUGCAGAGGGUUACAAACUUGAGUAUUAGCCUUAGCUUCAUUCUCUACCUGGUAUCAGCCUUGUUUGGAUACCUCACCUUCUAUGCUCAUGUGGACUCUGAGUUGCUGCAGGGAUAUGACGCCUAUCUGCCGCGAGACAUUGUAGUGAUGACUGUGAGAAUUGCCAUCCUGCUCUCUGUCCUCCUCACUGUACCGCUCAUCCACUUUCCUGCCCGUAAAGCAGUCAUCCUCCUUUUGUUUGGAUCACGCCGUUUCUCCUGGUGGAUCCACUCCCUGACUACUGUCUGCAUUCUGGCUGUCGUGUUGAUCUUGGCCAUCUUUGUUCCUGACAUCAGAAAUGUCUUUGGAGUGGUUGGGUCGACCACCUCCAGCUGCCUGCUGUUUGUUUUCCCUGGUCUUUUCUACCUCAGGAUCAGCAAUCAGCGCUUCAGGUCUUUGGACUAUAUUGGGGCAGCUUUUCUGGUGGUGUUUGGUGUGAUGGUGGGAGUCUUGAGUUUGACAUUGAUCAUCUGGACAUGGGUCCAGAGCUUCUGAGGUCUGCCACAAAUCAACACAACAGAGGGAGGUGAAUGGAAGACCUCUGUAGGGAUGCAUAACACUCAGUUACUACUAAACAAAUGAAGAUGAAGAACAAAACUCCAGACCAUUUUUAUAUGUUUUUACCUGACAUCUGUUAGGAGUGAGACAGAGGCACAGUAGCAUUAUUUUGAAGCAUCAUGAAAAUACCUCCAUUUUACACUGUCAGAAUACAAAUGUUUUGACCUCACAUUUGUGAAUUCUAUGAAAUGGGCAAAAGCAGCCACUACAGUAAACGUUUUGCCUCAGGUAACAUUCAAUAACUUGACUGAUUUAUACAGAGUCUGUAUGAUUCAAAUGAUUUUAUGUUUGAUCAUUAAUGAUUAUAUAUAAGGGAACACUCUAUAAUAAUAUGCAUAUUGUGUCAUUUUGUAUGUUUUAUAUAUUUUUAAUGUAUGCAUGUGUUAUGCAAUAGUCAGUUCAUUAUCUCUUUAUUUUUAAAAUGUAUAUUUUAUAAUCUAUUGUUUACAAUCCCAUUGUUUUUUGCUGCUAUCUUCUAAGGUGCAAAUCAGUCCUUACACAAAAUAUAAUUUUUAAUAAAAGGACCAAAUCU